AUGGAAGUGGAUGGAAGUGCCUCAACAGUUUCUAGGGGUGCUCAAUCAAUUCCACUACAAUCCAGGCGGCAGAGAGCUUUCUAUCAGUUUACACAGCAGAGUCUCCCCGCUUGUAAGCCUGUCCUCACACCAGCAUGGGUGAUUACUACAUUUUUAUUGGUUGGUGCCAUUUUCAUACCAGUUGGGCUUAUUACACUUCAUGCCUCCCAGAACGUUGUAGAAAUUGUGGACCAAUAUGAUACAGAGUGUGUACCGGAGGCAUUCAAGAGCAAUAAGGUGGCCUACAUCAAAGAUAACUUAAUCUCUAAAAACUGUUCUCGGUACUUGAAGGUUUACAAGCAUAUGAAAGCUCCAAUUUAUAUCUACUAUCAGCUUGAUAACUACUAUCAAAACCACCGACGGUAUGUCAAAAGUAGAAGUGAUCAGCAGCUUUUACAUGGAUUGGGGUACAAUGACACAAGCUCCUGUAAACCUGAGGAGUCCAAGAAUGGUCUUCCAACUGUUCCUUGUGGCUUGAUAGCGUGGAGUUUGUUUAAUGAUACCUAUACUUUUAUUCGUGGAAGAACUGAAUUAAAAGUCAACAGGAAGAACAUAGCAUGGAAGAGUGACCGUGAUCACAAAUUUGGGAAGCAUGUAUAUCCCUUUAAUUUCCAGAACGGGACCUUGAUCGGUGGUGGAAAGCUAGAUCCAAGAAUUCCUCUAAGCGAUCAAGAAGAUCUUAUUGUAUGGAUGCGGACAGCUGCGCUCCCCAGUUUCCGGAAGCUGUAUGGUAGAAUUGAAGAGGAUUUGGAUGCGGAUGAUGUUCUAGUAGUCAAUCUAACGAACAACUACAAUACUUACAGUUUUGGUGGGAAAAAGAAGAUUGUCCUUUCAACAUCAAGCUGGUUAGGAGGAAAGAAUGACUUCCUUGGUCUUGCCUAUACUUUUGUUGGUUCGACUUCCAUAUUCAUCUCUGUUGUCUUCUUGUUGCUACAUAUGAAAAAUCCAAGGCCCUAUAGGGAAAGACCUUAUCUGCCUUGGAACAAGCAAAGCGUUUCCAGCGGAAGAUGUGAUGAUACUUUAUGA